UAAAAAGACUGUACGUCACCUAUGAUUAAAAAACAGACAUUUAUUUGAAGUUCAAGGUAUCAUCUUCUUUCAUAAAGUUAAAUAUACUAGGCACGUUUUAGUCAAGAACGCUGACUGGUUCAGAGGAAAUGUCCAAAGAAGUACUUGAAAAGCUCUUUACAGUUAAAUGUGACGGACAGAUGGAUAAAAUGGUGAAAGGACGGGAUAAUCGGACGGGAAACUUGGUUUCAAGUCUAUAUCAAUCAUUAAAAAUUUCAUACAGUAAAAUAUUACGCGUCUAUUUAAUUGCAAUGGCGUUCCUGUGCUUAUUUUCGGAUACAGAUGCAAGUGAAGAUUUCAAUAAUUGCAAAUUUGAACUGAAAUCAGACUCCUGCUCCUGUUCCUGGGACACCAACGACAAGGAGAAUACUCAUUUUUAUAUCAACGGAGAUUAUGUAGCUUUUUGCACCCAGAAAUUCCUGAAGAAUGGAGGUUCUUCUUUGAUUAAAAAAUAUCAGCACCUGUACACAAGUACGUAUACACCAGAGGGGUGGUGCCUCGUACAGAUAAAGAAGAUGGUCAGCGAUACAAUACGUAUUAACAUCACCUCAGACACGAACGGGUUGAAAAGUAUCGCCAUCAGUGACAACGUACUAACUACAUGUACAAAUUCAACAAACACCUAUAUCCUCUUGGACGCUGGUGCGACAACAUGUAAUGCCGGCGCUAUGUCAGCUAUGAGUUCGGAGGGCUUCCACGCAGCUCUGGUUAUAACGGGAUACUUGUUUGUAAAAUUAUUUGUAUCCUGUAAAAUAAAAUAAACUGAAACCAA